AUUGGAAAGCCGAAACUGUAACCCUCGAGAAGAGGCUGCUCCGGCUACGAAAACCACCGUCGGUCCCAGUGUCACCACCUCUCUUUUUCCUCUCUCCUCCGUGACCUUCUCUGCCCCGUCUGUCGCUGAUCGCCAAGUUCCAGCCACGCCCACCCCGCUCGUUUUCCCCCUCUGCCAUGUGAGCAGUCCAAAUCCAGUACUGGAGCACCCCAACCCUCCAUCGCCCUUCCGCCAUAGCCGUCCAAUGCGCUGUCGCCUGCAGCAUGUUCGCAUACAGCGUCCUGCCGCCUCCCCCACGAUACUCCCAAGCCCAGGGCAACCUGCCCCCGGUCGAGACCAACAACCUGAUAUCGCAUCCGACGGGGCCUGACUACACGUUCCUGGUCGGUGAAGGAACAUAUGUCCUACGUGACGAGCUCCUCCUUGCGACACCGCCGCCGCAUCCUUCCGAGGGACCGCCGGUCAAUCCAAACCCGCUCAACACCGUGAUUGCGCCUCCGACCGCGGGCGUAAAGCUAUCCUUCGCCAUCAUCGCACCAAAGCAUGCUUCCUACCCACGGGCGCCGCGUCCGGACUCGCCAGUCAGCCAGCACGCCUCGGAGGGUUCUUCGUCCACUCGCGAGGGCAGCAAUCACGAAGGCCAGAGCAAGGCGGGCAGCAACCCAGGCUCGCUCUUUAAACCUAAUGGUCUUGGCGAAGCGGCCCCCCUCCAGGUGUUCGGCCAUGCGAAUCCCGCGCUGGCGACGGUGAACGGCAAGGGCGUCAAGGACUCGAAGAAGGAGCGUAAGCCGAAAAACAACAUGGUCAAGAGCAGUUCGACGUUCAUCAGUCGCGUCAUACCGCACGAGGGUUUGACCAAAAGACUGCAGGAGCACAGCCCAGAGGGCCUCUUUGCCUUUGCUAACAUCAAUCGCGCAUUUCAAUGGCUGGAUCUUUCGAGCCCUACAAAGGUUGAAAAUCUGACCAAGAUAUUGUUCACGAAAGCGCACACGCUGUGCCACGAUGUCAAUCAGAUCACGAAAUCAGCAACGCAUUUGGACGUCAUCAUGGGCUUCAACACGGGCGAUAUCAUGUGGUACGAGCCCAUGUCACAAAAGUACUCGCGUCUGAACAAGAAUGGCAGCAUCAGCGCAGCUGCAGUAGCCGACAUACGCUGGAUGCCCGGCUCUGAGAAUCUUUUCCUAGCCGCCUGCAUGGACGGCACACUCGUCAUCUACGACAAGGAGAAAGAAGACGCCCCGUUCGUGCCUGAAAACGGAUCGGAUCCCGUCGCAAACGGCCAUAAUGCACAUCGCUUACGAGUCCUAAAGUCGGUGCAGUCGCGGAACCAGAAGACAAAUCCGGUCGCAUUCUGGAAAGUAUCGAAUCAGAAGAUCAAUGCGUUCUCGUUCUCCCCGGACGGAAGGCAUCUAGCUGUUGCAAGUGAAGACGGGUGCCUUCGCGUCAUCGACAUUCACAAGGAGCAGCUGCUCGACCAAUACAUGUCCUACUACGGAGGUCUGACCUGCACAUGCUGGUCGCCCGACGGACGGUACAUCCUCACUGGCGGCCAGGACGACCUGGUUUCAAUUUGGAGUCUCGCCGACAACGCCCUCGUCGCCCGCUGCCAGGGCCACAACUCCUGGGUCACUGCAGUUGCAUUCGAUCCCUGGCGAUGUGAUGAGCGUAACUACCGCUUUGGAAGUGCAGGCGAGGACGGGCGUCUGCUGCUCUGGGAUUUCAGUGUCGGCAUGCUACACAGGCCGCGAGCCGCGAGUGUGCGCCAGAGAGGCAGCGUCGUGUCAGCCAUGCGACUACGCUCGGAAGAGAGCUUGCAGCAUGUCGAUUCGAAGGAGGAAGACGCGCAGAUUGUGCAUGCGGUCGAGCCGCGGGCGCGCACCGCUGUGCUGCCGCCGGUUAUGGCAAAGAACAUUGACGAGCAUCCCUUGAGCUGGCUUGGCUUCGAGGAAGAUGCCAUCAUCACGGCUUGCAGAGACGGACAUGUUCGCACGUGGGAUCGACCUAAAGAAGGAGCCAGCCAUGAGCUUCCGUCAACUAGCGGGAGCGGCUGAAAUGAUUCUGUGGUUGGUGGACGUAGCCCGGGAUGUCGCGGACAUAGCUCUGCAUUCAGUAAUGCCUCUAUUUUCAUGUUGAGAUGGCAAAAAAAAUCAUUUGAGACGGAGAGGGCAAAACCUGGAUACAUUUUGUGUAGCGAACCGGGGAUGAUUGGUGCGACGGAGGGAGCGACGUACAUUUCAGCUCCUCAUUCCCCGGCCUGUGAUGGACUUGAGCUCCCCUUGUCGCGACCUGCAGCGGGUGAUUGUCGCAGGAAAUUCUAUCGGGUUCGAAGGAUUUAGCGAGCCGAACAGUCGCGAAACCGCCUGAUGAGGCUCGACGAGGCUGAGUCGUCACUCUCACAAGUUCUUCUGUUAAAAGUACUUUUAGUUAAUCGACCCUAUGGCAUCCUGACAUAAGCCGCGUUUCUGCGAGCACCUGGGGCUUGGAAGUUGAGUUCCUCACGUCGCGUACAACCACCCCAGACCUCCAAUCAAUUUCGCAAAACGUCCUCCUUGGCCAGUCUCUGGUCAUGCCAGCAUUUGUUUACAAACGUCAAAGACGGCCUUUCAGCGAUAAGCUUCCAAAACCGGCAAUUGCCCUGGCUAAACGUCGUAUCCCAGCUGAGCAUCAGGCCUCUGG